AGCUUGCGAUCUCAGUAAAUCUUCCCUGUUGUGUACAUUUUUUUUCUCCUCAUAUUGAUAUUUUUAGUACUCUAGGUACCUAAAAUAAUGAAGCGUUUAAGAGAAUUCAUAAUUGUAUUGCUUGUGCAUUUCUGUGAUUUUCUUACUAAAAUAAAUGAAGGCAGAUUAACUGUCUUAGCAACAAGAAUUGAUCAUAAAGUAAACUUCGUAAGGUCAAAUACUACCUGCACAAAAUUGGUAUUCGAAGGAUACGGAGAUCCUCUUAAAGUAUUGAAACUUCAAAAUGAAACUUUACCUCCUGUACAGAAAAAUGAAGUUUUGGUAAAAUUUCACAUUGCGCCGGUUAAUCCAGCCGAUAUCAAUUUAAUUCAAGGUGUGUAUCCAGUUCCGGUGCAGUUUCCUGCCGUUGGUGGAACCGAAGGCGUUGGAGAAAUUUUAGAGGUGGGAGAUGAGGUUGAAGCUCUUCAACCGGGAGAUAAGGUGAUUCCUAACAUUGAAGGUUUUGGUAUAUGGAGGAAUUAUGGUGUUUACAAAAGCGAUUUACUUUAUAAAGUGCCGAAACAUGUGAAUAAUAUCGAAUUAGCCGGGAUAGCUUCAAAUCCUUGUACCGCAUACCGAAUGCUGAAAGAUUUUGUGACACUUAACCCUGGCGAUUCUGUGAUACAGAAUGGUGGAAACAGUGCAUGUGGUCAAAAUGUCAUUCAAUUAUGUCGUAUUCUGAACUACACGUCUAUUAGUAUUGUUCGAAACAGAACGGAAAUAGACGAACUAAAAUCUUACUUGAAAUCAUUAGGAGCAAAUUAUGUUUUCACCGAAGAUGAAAUAAGAAGUGUUACCUUAUUCAAGGAUAAAAAAGUUCCAGAACCAAAAUUGGGAUUGAAUUGCGUCGGAGGGCGUAGUGUUCGUGAAAUGGUUCGCCAUAUGAGCAACCAAAGUGUUUUGGUUACUUACGGAGGCAUGUCCCGUGAACCAGUUACCAUUCCUACAUCGUCGUUUAUAUUCAAAAACAUUUCAUUAAGAGGCUACUGGAUGACUCGGUGGACGAGAGAAAAUAAAGUGUCUCCUGAAAGGCAGAGUAUGUUUGAAGAGCUUGCAAAUUAUAUGCAUACUGGAAAAUUAAAAGCUCCGGUACAUAAAAUUAUACCUCUAAGUAAUUUUAGUGAAGCUAUUAUGAAAUCUUCCACUGUACAAGGUUUUACCGGUUGUAAGUAUUUACUCGAUCUUCAAAAGUAAAUGUAUCGUGUAAUGUAUUUUAGAUAAAACAAGGAAUUUCGGUGUCUUUGCUCGGUGGGUGAAUUUGAAUCAUAAAUUCGUUUAUAUUCUUACAUUCGUAAAAUUAUGAAGGAAGGUAUUUCAUAUGUUGGCUAUGUCACAUUUUACUUGAUUGCAAAAUUGUAGACAGACGUUCGUUAGUUCGAAGUAUGAAAAUAUUGAAUUACCUUGUAAUGAAAUGUUACGUGUUGAUAAUAUUCUCUUAUCUAUAAAAAAUGUUAUUAUCUUUGUUACAUGUAAACCGCAUGUGGUAUCAAUAUUCAUCAAAAUGUACGUAUAAAAAACUGAUUACCUCAAGUAAUGUGAAAUGAAAAAUACUUUCAAGUACAACAAGUUUCUAUAUUCCAUAACAUCAACGUAUUCAAAAAUUUCUCAAGUAAAAAAAUAUUCACAAAAUUCGUAUUAAUUUUUAACAAUUUUACAAAUUCAUUUUGGAUUUUAAUUUAUAUCCAAUAAUGACAAUGUGCAAUACAUUUCUGUCAUAACUGUUGUUAAGUAUUUUAAAAAUAGGUAAAACACGUCACACAGAUAGCUCACGGGUAUACAAAAUGAAAUACAAGUAUAUAAAAAUUAAAAAUCGGUACAACAACGAAAAAUAAUCGAUUACUCGGGUACAGGAAAUAAAAGGCAUGGAAAUUUGAGCAAGCAAAUUUUUCUAUCUUGUCAAUUUUUUUAAUAAUUCGUGCUAUUCGUUUCCAUAUGCCUAGAUAUGUUAAAUUAUAAUUAUUUAAACUUAAAUACGAAAAUGAACUCGACCAUAAUUGAGGUUAUACUACUUUCAGCGCGAAGGAGUUUCCUUUUUAUGAUUUUCUUUCACUCAUUUGGAAAAAAUAUGCAAUAUAUCACUAGAGCAUAUUUUCACCAAUUAUUAAUAAAUUGACUUUUUUUGUUUUAAUUCGUAAGAACAGCUCUUUUUUACAUUUAUUAAAGGAGGACGACCAGAAAAACUCGCAGAAAAAUAAAAUAAGUAAAAAAAUUUGGUAGUAUUAAAACUUUGAAAUCUUA